AUGCGAUUUAAGCCAACUAUGUUUCGGAAAUACGACGACGUUCUGUUACUGAGGAAGUGGAACCUCCAUGUGAGAUGUGAGUGUGACUUCAGUAGGGUUUCUGCUUGCAACUUGGUGAUUUCUGCGUUUUUCUGUGCUGAAAUUGAAAAUUUGCUCGAUUCACAUAAGAAGCUUGCUUGGAAAAUAGACAAUGCUGUCUUAGUCCUAUCCAUUUUCAAGAACCUUGGAUGUUCAAAAUUCCAUAUUUCUUACAUCAUCUUAAAGUUGCCACGUAUUCUAGCAUCCAAUCCUGAGAGAACUAUUAUCCCCAAGCUUGAGUUUUUUCGCUCUAAAGGUGCUUCAAACUCUGAUCUUGUAAGAAUCUUCAGUUGCUGUCCUUGGAUAUUGGAAAGAGGCUUAGAAAAGCAAUUAGUUCCUUCUUUUAAUUUCUUUAGAGACUUGCUCCAAUCUGAUCAGAAAACCAUUGCAGCUGUUAAAUGUUGUCCUUCUAUUUUGCUUUGUCGUCUUGAAGCUAGAGUGAUACCUGUUAUCAACAUUUUGCGAGAAAAUGGAGUGCCUGAAGCAAAUAUUUUGCACUUGAUACGUUAUCACCCUAUGAAGCUUCAUACAAAUCCGGAUAACUUUAAGAAGGUUUUGGAAGAGGUGAGGCUGAUGGGAUUCAGUCCUUUGAAGGUUCAUUUUGUUCUAGCAAUCGUGGUACUGAUGGGAGUGAGAAAAUCCGUAUGGGAAAACAAGGUUGAUGUUUAUAAGAGGUGGGGUUGGUCUAAUGAAGAUGUUAUUACAGCUUUUGGAAAGCAUCCAUUUUGUAUGAGAAUUUCUGAUGAUAAGAUUAUGGCUGUAAUGGAUUUCUAUGUUAACAAAUUGGGUUUAGACUCUUCUGUCAUUGUCAAUUGUCCAGUGCUGCUUGCGCUAAGCUUGAAGAAAAGGAUUGUUCCAAGAGGUUCACUUAUUCAAUUUAUGUCAUCAAAAGGUUUGGUUAAAAUAGAUUCUCAUAUUGCUACACUUUUAAAGCAUUCAGAGAAAAAUUUCAUCGAAAAGUUUGUGAAUCGUUAUGAGGAAUCUCCUCAGUUGUUGAAGCUAUACAGUGAGUUGAAACAGCAAGGCGAGCAGCAACAGGAUUCAUGA